CUCUUUUUCAGAGAAUGGGAUAAAGGCAAUGAAUAUAACUGUGAGGACAUCAAACUUGUAGGAAAUUACCAUAUUUGCUUUGAUGAAGCUUACAAACCUAAACCACCAUGCCUAGUUUAUUCUUUUGGGUAUGUUAUUAAGUUUAAAAUUUAAUUCCUUCAAAUUUUUUUUUAUUCAAUACCCAUAUUUAAAGCAUAUUUCAACUCUUGGAUCAUUUCCAAUAAUGAAGUUUUCUGGCACAAUCAUCAUUUAAAGAGCUGUUUCUUUUCAAUUUUAAAAUAUAAAAUUAAUAUAAAUCAUAUUGACACAGGGAAGAGAAAACAACAAACAUGCUGAAAGUAGGCAUAAAAAACGUAAUGUUUCUAUUUUUCAUGCUUUUAAUUUUUAGAAGGGUGAAGAGUUUUACUCACUUUUAACACUCAUGACUCUUUCUCCCAGUGGUCACAUUCAGGACAAUUAAAUCAAACUUAACAGAAGCAGUACAACAUUCACUGUAGUUUGUUUUAUAAACAUAGUAUGGUUUAAAUUCUACUUAUUCAUGAAAAUCCACUUUAUUUUUACCAAUUAAAUUUCUUGUCUACUUGUUGUCUUUAACUUAAACUCUAUUUCUCAUUUAUAGAAUAGACAAUGACUUUCGGUUUGAUGAUGGAAUGGCCCAACUAGGUUGUGAAGUUUAUUCUUUUGAUCCCAGGUAAAUUAUUUAGAGCUCAAUAAAUUUUGUGUGAAAAGUGGAUAAAUCAAAAAUCAAAUAAACCACUUUUUUUUUUUUAACUCUCUUUCCUUGUUAACCAAAGUUUAGGGUGGUUAAAUUCCUGUAUCAUUUUUAAUUGUUUCUGCCUACAGCAUGGGCAUUGCAGAUCACCAACGUUCAGAAAGGGUUCAUUUUUUUAAUAUGGGUCUGGCUACAUUAGAUAGUGACAACUUCAUGCCAUUGAUGGAUGGUUACACUGUGAACUCUAAAAAGACAUGGAAAAUCAGAACAUUGACAUCUAUCAAGAAAAUGUUGGGACAUGAAAAGGUUAGUGAAGGAGUUUAAAUUUUUUAAUUGUAAAUUUAUUCUAGGAAAUUAACAUAUAUUUUUUUAUAAUUUCAAAAUUUUUAUUAUCAUUUUUCUUGACAAUAAAUUUUAUUUGUGAAUUUAUUUUUUGAAUUAAAUUUAAAUAUCUUUUGGUGAGCUAUAUUUCUGUAUUAUAUUGCAAUAAAAUUACAGGCCAUCAUUUCAGCCUGAUUUAGAUCAAAUUUAAUCUUGGAAUACUAUGAAGAAAAUAUAAGAUAAGAUGUUUAGUUAUUACUGAAACUUGUGUGAAACAAAAGUGAAAAAAAGCACAUCUAAAUAUGUCCCUAUAUAGCUAUAUUUUGUUCCUAAACUUAUAUUAUAACACCGCUUCUAAUAUAUAUUUUAAAAUUGUCAUACACACUACUCCAAUUUAGGGAGAACAAAUGAUUGAUUGGAGUUUUUAAAAAAUUUAAAAAUCACGUUAGUCAGUAUACAAUAAUCUAAAAUGAUGCAUGUGAUUUUCUUACAGUUAAUAGAAAAAAAUGGUAUCACUUUUUAGUUAUUGAUUGCAGUUUAAUUAUUUUUUCUUUAAAAAAAUAGAGGGCGAUUGACAUACUAAAAAUGGAUGUAGAGAGCUAUGAGUGGGCUAUCAUGGAGACCCUUUUGAAAAAUAAGACCCUGUCUUCUGUGAGGCAGCUAACACUAGAAUGGCACAUCUUUCCCAAUGAACCAAUGCGAACAGAAUUCCACAACAUGUUUGGAGUGUACAUGGAUUUGAAGAAGAUGGGUUUCAGACAGUUUUAUAUGAGUCACUGGGCUCGAUAUCACAGCAUGUAUUACUUCAAUUCGCAGGCUGACAAUUCUCUGGUGAAUACUUUAUUUCAAUCACAUAGUGGGUAAUGAUAAACAGUGAAUGCUUCAACUUAAAAUGCAUUUGAAAAGAUCUGCAGCUGAUUUAAAACCAAGUGAAAAUAAGUGUAGCUAGUCGAUUAUCACCUUAUGACUCAACUGUAAUUGAAAAUCCCUUAAUAAGAUUCAUAUUUUAAAAUCACUUUAUGCAGUCAUUAGUCUAGAAAUGGUUAUACUAAACCAAGCCUUCAAAUUAUAUUUU